CGGAGCACCGUGGAGCGGAUGAAGGGAAUGAGCGUAAUUACGCGCCAGGACUGAAGAAGUUGUGGAGGAAUACCGCGCCGGGUAGAUGUGAUGUCCGUCUGUACUUUCACUUUUACGCGUCCUGGUUUUUCCUUCCCCCCCUCAGUUAGCAGCGGCGGCACCGGCGGCGCGGACAGCCCAGCGGACCCCCGCAGCAGCGGCUGGUCUUCUCCUGUGAGCUCCGGCGGAACACGCUGACAGGACUUGUCUGCACCAGAACAUGCAGUAGAGGAACCAGCUGCGGCAUCAGAUUCAUCAUCGCUGUCAUCAUAUACACUACAUUCCACGUGACAUGGCCUCCUCCCCCGGGCUGGACGCUCACCCGUUACCACUGCUUCAGCUCCAGGAGGUGGACUCCAGCAAAGCGCCGGACAGGCCGAGCUCGCCGGGACUCCUGCCUGCCGUGUACAGCCCCCCUCUGGCCAUCGAGAGCCACGCGGUCUGCAUCCCCGCCCCGUACACGGACAGUAGCCACGAGUACAACCACAGCCACGGGCCGCUGACCUUUUACGGCCCGUCCGUGCUGAGCUACGCCAGGCCGCCCAUCACCGACAGCCCGUCGUCUCUGUGCCCCUCCCUCAGCUCGUCGGCCUUCUGGCCCCCGCACGGCCACCCCUCCAUGCCCUCACUGACUCUGCACUGCCCUCAGUCUCUUGUCUACAAUGAGUCCAGCCCACAUGCACCCUGGCUGGAGUCCAAAGCCCACAGCAUCAACGCCAGCAGCUCCAUCAUCAGCUGCAACAAGUCGCUGGGGAAGAGGUCGGAGGAAGGAGCCGAAGGCGUGAACUCCUCGUGUUCCUCGUCGGUCGGGAAAGCCGACAUGCACUUCUGCGCCGUGUGUCACGACUACGCCUCGGGUUACCACUACGGCGUGUGGUCCUGCGAGGGCUGCAAGGCUUUUUUCAAGAGGAGCAUCCAAGGACACAAUGACUACAUCUGCCCCGCCACGAAUCAAUGCACUAUCGACAAGAACCGGCGCAAAAGCUGCCAGGCCUGCCGCUUACGGAAAUGCUACGAAGUGGGCAUGAUGAAGUGCGGUGUAAGGCGUGAGCGCUGCAGCCAUCGAGGAGCCCGGCACCGCCGUGGUGGACUCCAGCCUCGGGAUCCCACCGGCAGAGGUUUGAUCAGGGUGGGGCUGGGCUCUCAGGCCCAGCGGCAUCUCCAUCUGGAGGCUCCUCUCGCCCCCCACCCUCACGGGAUCCACGUGCACUACUCGGCCAUGAGCCCAGAGGAGUUCAUCUCCCGCAUCAUGGAAGCGGAGCCUCCAGACAUCUACCUCAUGGAGGACAUGAAGAAGCCCUUCACCGAGGCCAGCAUGAUGAUGUCCCUCACCAACCUGGCAGACAAGGAACUGGUCCUCAUGAUCAGCUGGGCUAAAAAGAUCCCAGGCUUUGUCGAGCUGAGUCUAGCCGACCAGAUCCACCUGCUGAAGUGCUGCUGGCUGGAGAUCCUGAUGCUGGGCCUGAUGUGGAGGUCGGUGGAUCAUCCCGGAAAACUCAUCUUCUCUCCGGACUUCAAACUCAACAGGGAGGAGGGACAGUGCGUGGAGGGCAUCAUGGAGAUUUUCGACAUGCUGCUGGCUGCCACCUCUCGGUUUCGUGAGCUGAAGCUUCAGAGGGAGGAGUACGUCUGUCUGAAGGCCAUGAUCCUCCUCAACUCCAAUCUGUGUACGAGCUCCCCUCAGACAGCCGAGGAGCUGGAGAGCAGGAACAAGCUGCUGCGCCUGCUGGACUCCGUGAUCGACGCUCUGGUCUGGGCCAUUUCCAAGCUGGGCCUGUCGACCCAGCAGCAGACUCUGCGCCUCGGACACCUCACCAUGCUGCUGUCCCACAUCCGCCACGUCAGUAACAAAGGCAUGGACCACCUGUCCACCAUGAAGAGGAAGAAUGUUGUGCUGGUCUACGACCUCCUCCUGGAGAUGCUGGACGCCAACACGUCCGGCGGCAGCAGUCAGCCGUCGUCCUCGCCGAGCUCCGACACUUACUCCGACCAGCACCAGUACCCGCAACCUGCGCCGCACCUGCAGCCGGGCUCGGACCAGACCGCCGCCGACCACGCCGCCGUGCCUCCACGUGGGCCCACCGAGGCCCCGGACCUGCAGGCUCCGCCCCUCCAGUCCUCACCUCCAUUUCAGAGUCUAGUGGCGUCUCACGUGGACAGCAAUGAUUACAUCCACCCGGAGCAGUGGUCCCUGGAGGCGGGAGAAGCAGCUCCAUCGGCGGAACCAACAGACUACAUGAGCCCUGAUCGGGUCGUCAUGGAAACGGCCUUAGUGACAGGACUGUAAGAGCCAAACUGAGACUGAACCCUAAAGGCUCUUCAUCCCCCAAAGAUCGAGAGGAGGAAGCAAAAAAAAAAAAAAGGAUGACUUAAAAAAAACAAAAACAAAGUGCUGUUGUGAGGUAAAGUUUUUCUCGUUUAGAUGUUUUUAGUCUUUGGAAAAAAAAACCCUGUUUUUGAUUGAAUGUAUAUUUUGUGUGCGUAAACGUUUCCUGUGAAUGUGCACUACAUCACCUCUGCCAGUAAGCUCUUUUUUUGAUAUGCAGUAUUUCUAUGUGUUUUUUCACGUCGGUGUAACAUCCAGAACAAGCCGUCGGCAGCAUCGUGCAUGUGCUUGAUAUUUCCAGUUGGUAGUCGUAUAUCUUAAAACGGGGCAGCGUUUUCUAUCCCACUGUGGUGUUUUUCUCCGUCACUACUAUUGUGUACUUUGGUGUUUGAAUCGGAGCCCGUUCGUCCAGGAUUUUUCUACUCUUUGUACUAACUGCGAGUGUCGGCGGAGUCGAGAAGCGGCGGUUUGUGGCCUUUCAUCAAAAUGACUGUUAGCCGGAUUUCUUCUCUGUUCAUGUGGUUAAACUAAGGCUGGAUUUACACUAUGUGGCACAGAUUUGAUCUAAAAUCAACACUUGGCACCAGCAGAACUGAACAGUUUAAGUCAAAUUUAACUCAAUGCAAUUAAUUAAGUUGCUCUAAAUUCACCACCGAAGCUCUUAACAUGUAGAUAUCAUGUAAAUAUAUUAGUUUACUUGCAGUGUGUAUGUUAUAAUCCUAAUGUACUAAUUGUAUUCAUUGUGACCUGCUAACUGCACUCUGUAAGCCAUACGUUAACAAUGUGACAAGCUAACAUGCCAAACCUUAUGUUAGCAUAUGUUAGCAUGUCAUAAUGAAUUCAAUUAUGUGGCACCAGUAAACAGAAAAAACCUGUCAAAUUUAACCUAACGCUUAUUUACUGCAUGUUGACGUAAAUUCAUCACAACUUUAAAAAAAUAAAUAAGUUCAGUCAGCCUCAGCGGUAUUUACGCUAGCUAAUUAUCAUGCUAAACAUCACAGGUAAAGGUACUUGUACAUGUAAAGUAUGUUAAAAUGCUGACUUGACCACAUUAGCAAUGUAGAAAUCUAUGUACUGUUAGCAUGUUUCUCUGAAUGAAAUUACCAGGAAAACAGUAAAUAUGUAAACAUUUGAGCAUUAAAGUUCACUUUUGACUUCAGAAUGAGUGAGAGCUCAGAAAAAGUGAGUAAGUGGACUUUGAGUUGUUGCACAUUAAUCUAAGGCUAAUGACUGAGUUACUUAUGAAAGCUAACUGAAUGUUAGCAUGCUAACCAUGUAUUUCAAGAUGGUAACAUGUUAAACAUUACAUGAUUAAGAUUAGUAUGUGAACAUGCUUAUCGUGUGCAUGUCGUCAUAUGUACAGUAAAUUAGCACUUAAGCUAACAUUCAAACAUACUUGGGACCUUUAGAGAAAAAAUGUACAAUGUACAUUCAUAUGUACAAUAAAUGUACGUUAAAUAUGAACAUGGUGACAUGCUAAUUGUAUUUGUGAUGACAUACAUUAGCAUGUUAGCAAUGUCUAGCUACACUGAAUUAAAUAACUUGGUACUGGCUAAGGAGAAAAAAAAACAUAGUCCUAUUUAAGUUGCCACGGAUUUACAUUUGAUAGAUUUAUAUACUUAUGCUGAUGACAUACCUGUAAUGAUUGAAUUCUAGCUAGCUUUAGCAGUACUUCAAGAGUGACGCUAACAUGCUAAAUGUUACCAUUCUUAUGCAUGUUCAUGCUAACAUCAGUGUAAUGCAAAACAAGCUAACUUGCCUAAUUUAUAUGCAAUCUUUGCUUUUUCAAACUGUUUAAAUGAAAAAAACAGAGCAGAUCAAUGUAGUGAUUUGUUAGAGGUAAAUCUUUUUAACAUAAUUUUUUUUUAAAAAACAGCAGAGGAUUUCUGUACAAAUAGUUUUAUUAAAAUACUGACUCAGCACACUGACUUCUUUGUACAUACUGUACAAUAUUCAGUAUUUUGUAUAUCAGACCGGAAAAUGCUCUUAAAUUACAAUUUUUUUUUACAAUACAAACCCCCUUUGAGCUUAUUCACAAAGUGGAUUUUAACUGACGUCUUACCUGCAGCAGAUGUUCACUUAAUCAAACAAUCUUGGUGCAGGUAGUGAACAAACUUAUUUUUUACAUAUUUAUUUAAUGCAAAGUAAUUGGAGAUUUAUGCAAAAGCCUAAACAAAGGGAGAAAUGUGUAUUUGCACUGUUAGAUUUGCCAAAUUCAACCAAACUGAACAUGAUGGAAUCAUCAGUGUUCUUUGCUGGAAUUUAUGCACUUUGUCAAAUGGAUAACACAUGAAGUGAAAAGUCCAAAACUCGUUUGUUUAUUGUUCUUGGCCUCUCAGGCGUGAGAAAGUGUUGGCUCCUUAAAUGUUUAAAGCCCGUUUUUGACGUGUUUGCUGUGAUGUUUUUGAUUAUGUCCUCGUUAAUCAAACCACCGUUCUCUCGGAAAAGAACAGUCGGUCAUUCGGCGUCGUCCAAGUUCAGAUCGCAACAAACCCAAACCGUCAGCGGUUCAGCGUUUUGGAUGAACCGCCUCAGACGCGUCAUUAACAUCCAGUCAUGAGCUGUGCCACGUUUCCGCUAGUGUAAAUUCAACCUCGGUGCCAGAGUUUCCUGCCACUGCUAGUAGACAGAUACACGUCCACUGUCCUUUCUUUCCUGAUGUCUGUGACUUGUACAUGCAUGCACACACACACACAAGCGUUCAUCCAAAUCUGAUGCUGAAAAUAUUUCUCGGUGGUUUGUGCACAACGCAUCUUUCGUAUCUCAGAUCUUGUUGAAGUUUUGGCCUUUCUCGGCCGCCCAGCGAUACAGAAAACAUGCAGUCACAAAUCAUGGCAAACACGGUUUAUUGUCAAUCUAUACAACCCAUAAAUAACAGUUCACAAAAUAAAACUUUACACACUUUGUUGUUCGUUUCUGUUCUGCUGCCCCUCUGACUGCGAGGUGGAUAUUAUGUACAAACACUGAGUUUCAAAUCAUUUAACGUGUAAAUUACAUUUAACGAUCUUUGAUUGUGCAUGUGCACAGCUACAUUCAACGCCCAAAGGAUUGCUUACAUUCGUGUUCUGCUCCAAGUCUGGCUUGUUCGAUUUUGACACCAGCAACAACUGAAGAGUGUUUCAGAGCAGCGUUCAGGUGAAUCCACCGCGUUUCAUUACAGUAUAAACAACAAGCUGUAUUUCUUUAUAAUCCACCUGUUGUAACCUGCUUGAUGCUUCGCUCCGUGGGGCCAACUUGGACAAUGUUGGGUGAGUUAUGAAAGACAAAGUACAGUUUAGAUUUUUAGAUAUGAAGAACACACAGCUGCAUCCUCGUGUUAAAUGGCAGUGUGAUAUGUUUGCUGAUGUUAAUCUUUUGACUUCCUGCCUAAUAUUGCAGCAUCAUUAACCAAAUCUUAAAAAAAAAAACUCCCUUUAAAACUUAAUUAAGCCAUAUUUUUGAGAUUGCAUUGAAUCAAAUGCCUCAAAUCGAACGUGUAAUGGUUGCUCAUAGUUCCAAACACACUGAGAAUCAACUCUCAACUCUGUAAACUGCUUUGGUUUUACAGCUGCAUGUAGGCCGGAGGGUUGACUCUCAAGCCGUAGCGCUUCCACCGAGCAAAAUCUACAGUCUCAACAAUGUGUUUGUCGUUUCAUUUAGACUCUUUCUGCCCCCUAGUGGUCAAGAAUCUCCUCGUGCAGCUUUAAUUUGAGGAUCUGUGCCUUUUUACGAAACGUUUCGGUUCAGCGAUCUGCUGAAAUAUCCAAACACGACCGCCAAAACAAUGUCAGUCGAGUUUCCGUUAUCGUAGGAAAAUAUCUUCAUCACAUCGGCUCAAAAUUCAGUGUAACAAGCCAGAAUGACUUUGAAAGCCACAGAUAUACAACGUAAAAGCAUUUCAAACUAUUGCCCCGUGUUAAAUUACUCUGAUAGGUCUCAGCGUCACACUCGCGCACAGAAACAAUAAUUUACCUAUUUCUUUCUCAGUAGUUUGCCUUUAUAUACAAAAUUCAUCAUUAACACCAUUUAAAGUACAUUAUCUGAUAAAGUUGUGGAAAUUCUCUUGGCUACAGAAAGGCAAGUCAGCAAAAACAUUUCGCCUCUUCUCUGUACAAAAUGUGCCAUCAACAAUUGGCUGCCUUCUAUGAAAAACAGUAAAAAUAGCUGCAGUGGUAGAAAACGGCGCGUCUACGUCUCGAUUUCUGGAUGCUUUGGUUAUAACGUUCCGUUUCCUUCGGAUUCGAGCGCAGGGCUGAGAGCGAAAGUACAAAAAUGAAAAUAUACUGUAGAUACCAAAAUAAAUCUUGAUGUGUGUUGGAGAUGUUCUGUGGGGACGUUCGAUGGAAAAUCUACGUAUAAAAAAAUGACAAAACCUUCAAACAAACCGGUCGUAUGGCUUCUUUUUUCUAGAACUGUGGAGCUCCACAAACAAUAAAUACAUUUUUAAAUACACCAAUAAAAUUUAGUCAAAACACACGUGAGGCCUUCAGACAUGGCGGGCGGUGCUGCUGCCUGGUGAAGAACGGGUCUUUGAGUUGGUAUUUUAACACUGAUGACGGGUCCGUUGAGGAUCUCUCUGAGACGAACUUCACCGCCCGGCGUCGUGGCAGUUUUCAUGUGGGCGGGGGGCCGUUGGUGUAACGCAGCAUCGGGUAGAAGGAGCGGGCGAAGUUGUUGGACAGUGUGCAGCUGUAGUCCUCUUCAGACAGGGGCACCAGGCAGGCCAGAACCAGCAGCAUGAAGAAGAGCAGGUGAAGGGGGAAGGCGGCUCGUAGAACCCGGUAGAAGAGGGGUCUCUGUGGGGAAGAGUCCCUCCUCCUGGCGGCUGGUUGUCCGGCUGUCGCUGCCUGUAGACCGGCCUCCUCCUGCAGCAACAAACAGG